UCGAUUGGACCUUUCGUCUUGGAUUUCAAACUUGGACAGAAGCAAAAGCAGAAUGUCAAUCAUAUGGCGGAUCACUAGCGACUGUGCACACAAUGGCUCAGGUGACGUGUGCAAACCUGACAGUGAAGGGAACUGCCGCUGUGUGGGUAGGCUUGACUGGUACAUGGACAGCUGGAGAUUGGAGUGCUUGGAAAUGGGAAGUGGCAUCGUCCACCCGUACAACGAGACUACCCUGGUCAUCCCAGUAUACACUUCCAGUUAAAAAUUCUAGUUAUACUUACGGGUUUUUGGAACCAAACAAGGGCUUACUGAACUGGAUAAACAACUUUCAAGCUAGGUGCCUCUGUCAACGAUAUGUGCCUAAAGAUAACUGGUACUUUUGCUCACAGAGCCAAGAAGCAUCGGGAAGCCUCGAAACUCUUUACGUUCCCACACCUAAGACAUACGAUGAUGCGUCUGCUGAGUGUGCCCGGAGAGGUAGCAUUCUGGCAAAUAUCCAGUCUAGAUAUCAUGGAGAGUGUGCAAGAGAACUGCUUGGACCCCGAAACGGUCAGUGCAACAGUUCUUCCAGUGGUAACUGCACGACUUCCUCGUACUUCUGCAAAACCAAUACAUGCAAUGUGUGGGUUGCUCUUCAACGACCAUCUCCAUCCAAAACCUGGACAUGGAUGUUACCUGUUCCAAUCGCUGCAAAAAACGUUUCUUGGAUCACUGCACCACUACAAGAAGGUGGUGGACGGAACGAAUGCGGAUAUUAUUCCCCGGAGAAGGACAGUUUUGGAAUCGAAUCUUGCUCAAUGAAGCUAAGUUUCUAUUGCCAAAGAUAUACACCAAAAGUGCCCUCCGCCAUAGCUGUCAACUCUACAGACACGCACAUCUACGCACGCAUAGUACAGCCUAAGAUACUUCGAGAUUGGGUUUCUGAUUUCUGCUUUCUGUACGAGAAAAAUGGAACUGCGGCUACCCCGACGGUAGUGUGCGACAAAAAUGAAUCAACUGUUCUGUCAGGCCUGGCAACAAAUACUUUGUACCGGAUCAGAGCAUUCUUCAAAACUACGAUCGGACACAAUAGCAGCAUGUCCUCCGAAAUCAAAAUUGGAACAUUGCCGAAAGCACCAAAUCCGCCUCUCAACCCCGUCAUCUCAAGUACUACUAUCACGGUGUUUCUAGGCCAAAUAGAAGAAGGCAACCUUCCCAUACGCCAGUAUUGUGUGCACGGAAUACCUGCUAAUGAUCUGUCCGGGAAUAUGCCAUUGGUACCAGUAUGCAGCGCCUCGAAAAAUGUCACCUUACCUGGCCUAAAACCCAACAUGAGCUAUAAUGUCACCGCCUAUGUUAGCAAUGCCUAUGGAGAUAGUGACCAGUCCAGCUCCACUCGCAUUACCACGUUGCCCACAGUGAAAUGGGAUGCCUGUCCUCUAACCAGUGCUCGCACGUGGCAAGUCGAUUGGACCUUUCAAUGUGAACGGAAAACUUGGACAGAAGCAAAAGCAGAAUGUCAAUCAUAUGGCGGAUCACUAGCGACUGUGCACACAAUGGCUCAGGUGACAUGUGCAAACCUGAAAGUGAAGGGAACUUCCGCUGUGUGGGUAGGCUUGACUGGUACAUGGAAAGCUGGAGAUUGGAGUACUUGGAAAUGGGAAGUGGCAUCGUCCACCCGUACGACGAGACUUCCCUGGUCAUCCCAGUAUAAACUUCCGGUUAAAAAUUCUAGUCGUACUUACGGGUUUUUGGAUCCAAACAAGGGCUUAGUGAACUGGAUAAACAACUUUCAAACUAGGUGCCUCUGUCAACGAUAUGUGCCUAAAGGUAUGUCUAUAUCCAUUGAUUAAACUGAAGGAAUAUCUCUACUGAUUGUGAAGGGCCUAGGGGAGGACACACCAACAACCCACUCUUGUCCGGCUAACCGACAACUAACCCUGAAGGGCUGUCAUCCUUGUUAUUUUAUCUUGGUGUGUAAAGUUGUACAAUAUGUGAGUA